GUACAUUUCUUGCGACGCUGGGAGCCCAAGUGCGAUUCUGGGGAUUGCAUUACAACAUCAGCUAUCAAGGAUACGCUGGAAGAUAUAAAGUGUACCCGCAACCAUCGCACUAAUCCGGAUUUACCGCUACGAGACGCAGUGGACGCAUCUGUCAAUAUAUGCCGCGACGUUCUAACGGGAGAUGGUUGACAUAGCAACAGGCAAGGAUUAUCAGCGAACAUAAACAUUUAGACAAAAACUAUAGGAUCAGCGUAGGUAUAAAAGUGCAGCGAGAAGCGCAGAGGGAUAGUUCACUCGUUACAACCAACAAGACAAUAUGAAACUGCUGGUGGUCUGCGCUCUGGUGGCUCUGGCCGCCGCCCAGCCACAGGAGUUCCAGGAAAACCGUCCCCAGUUCAAGACUCUCGAGGAGGCCGGCAUCCUGCGUAUGGAAAUGAGUCAGAGUGAGGACGGCUCGUUCCAGUACGGCUUCGAGACCACCGACCCGAUCCAGCAGGACGUGGCCGGACAACCCAAACAAAUCGGAGAGGAGAUCGGCAUCGUCAUGCAGGGAUCGUACAGCUUCCAGACACCUGAGGGUCAGACCAUCACCGUCAACUGGGUGGCCGACGAGAAGGGCUUCCAGCCGCAGGGCGACGCCAUUCCACAGGGCAUCAAUGCCCAGGCACCGGUGCUGUCUUCAGAGGAGUUCAAGUAGUGGCGUCUGAGAGCGCCUGAUGAAAUUGUCACCAUGACUGCACAAUGAAAAAUACACUGUUUUUGAGCU